CAAACGACGCCGUUUGUUAGAAAACCAGGGACGACAACCACGAAGUCGACGUUGUCUUCGCGGUUCGACUGUACGAAUUGGCAGCGGAGAAAUUAGACAGAGUAGUUCAUUGCUGUUAUCGUACGCACCCUUGAGUUGAGUUCAAGUAAAGGCAGUUAGAUGCGGGUACUCCAGAGCUAGGACGACGACAACAAUGGACAACAGGGACGUCGUCGUCUGCGACAAUGGCACUGGAUAUGUCAAGUGUGGUUUUGCGGGGGAGAAUUUUCCUACAUCUGUGUUCCCUUGUGUGGUGGGAAGGCCAAUGCUGCGGUAUGAAGAAUCACUCAUAGAACAAGAGCUGAAGGAUGUCGUUGUUGGAGAAGCUUGCUUAAACUUGCGGCAUCAACUUGAUAUUUCUUAUCCUGUCAAUAAUGGUAUUGUGCAAAAUUGGGAUGAUAUGGGUCAUGUGUGGGACCAUGCAUUUUUCAAUGAACUAAAGGUAGAUCCUACAGAAUGUAAAAUUUUGCUCACUGACCCACCUCUGAAUCCCUCCAAAAACCGUGAAAAAAUGGUUGAAACCAUGUUCGAAAAGUACAACUUUUCCGGUGUCUUCAUUCAAAUUCAAGCCGUUUUGACGCUGUAUGCUCAAGGUUUGCUGACUGGGCUAGUCAUAGACUCUGGUGAUGGUGUCACCCAUGUGGUUCCAGUUGUUGACGGCUACUCAUUCCCUCAUCUUACAAAACGAAUGAAUGUCGCUGGAAGGCACAUAACAUCGUAUCUAGUGGAUUUACUUCGACGCAGAGGGUAUGCAAUGAAUAGAAGUGCUGACUUUGAGACUGUUAGGGAUAUCAAAGAGAAGCUCUGCUAUAUAAGUUAUGAUUACAAAAGGGAAUAUCAACUGGGACUUGAGACCACCAUCCUUGUUAAGAAUUAUACUUUACCAGAUGGAAGGAUCAUCAAAGUUGGCACUGAACGGUUCCAGGCCCCUGAAGCUCUCUUUACUCCUGAACUAAUAGAUGUUGAAGGUGAUGGAAUGGCUGACAUGGUAUUUCGCUGCAUUCAGGAAAUGGAUAUUGACAAUCGGAUGAUGCUGUACCAACAUAUUGUUUUGAGUGGAGGGAGUACUAUGUAUCCUGGACUACCUAGUCGCCUGGAGAAAGAAAUUUCAGAUCGUUAUCUUGAAGUUGUUUUGAAGGGAAACAAAGAUGGGUUGAAGAAAUUGCGAUUGCGGAUAGAGGAUCCACCGCGAAGAAAGCAUAUGGUUUAUCUUGGAGGUGCAGUCCUUGCAGGAAUUAUGAAGGAUGCACCAGAAUUUUGGAUAAGUAAACAAGAUUAUUUGGAAGAGGGAGUUGCUUGUCUAAGCAAGUGCGGCCAGGCAUGAGUUCCUGAGGACUGUGUGCUACCCCCCCUACCUGUUUUGAGUUCUUGUGAGCAUUAUUUCUCAAGUGAAAGCAGGAGAAGGAGAAGGCGAAGAAUCCACGUGUAUAAGAGCUUCAGUUCCGACUUGAACAGCGCAAAAAGAGUUGGAUGGCAGAGUAUGAUGGCCUGCAUGUUGACGUACUUGUGGUAAUUGCGUUCAUUUUUUCUCGCCCUUGUCAAAAAAUAUGUGAAGAUUAUGUUAAUAGUCUAAUUUAGUACUGCUGCCAUUGCAAUUCUCUUUUUAGCGAGUAAGAUAUAAGUCAGAAUGUAGCGGACGUGAUUGUUAAUUUGGGCUUCUAAUACUACUAUCAUUGGGAAUCAAAUGUAACGUUAAAUCUUCUAGCAUCUCAAAAAAAUUACUCUAAAGAGAUUGUCUGAUUUUCUCUCUUACUAAAAGUUCUGUUCAUGUUCUGA